AUGGCGCGCCAUUCUCACGACGGAGUUGACCACAUCUCUCCGGACAUCGAGCACGCGGCUCCGGACUACCACGCGGACAGCGAUGACAAGGAAGCCAUUCUACCGCCGCAGCUCGGCGUCGGCGGCCAAGGUGGCACCCAGCGCCACCUCCGUGACUACCAGGUCACGAUGAUUGGCUUCUGCAGUGGCAUCGGUACCGGUCUGUUCAUCGGCACCGGCUCGGCGUAUGCGCAGGCCGGCCCGGCAGUCGGCUUCUCGCUGGCCAUCUCAUAUGGCUACUGCUACACCAUCUCGAUCGCCGCCGAAGCUUCUGCAUCGGCCAUCCUGGUGGCGUACUGGACAGACAUGACGCCGGCCGUCAUCAUCACCAUCUCCCUCGUGCUGAUUCUGGCCAUCAACCUCCUGAAUGUACGAUGGUAUGGCGAGGUGGAAGUCUUCAGCGGUUCGGUCAAGGUGCUCUGCUUCCUUGGCCUUAUCCUCGUGUCCAUCGUCAUCACCUCCGGAGGUGGACCGACAGGCGAGGCUAUCGGAUUCCGGUACUGGAACAACCCGGGCCCCUUUGUCCAGUACAACGACAUCAAGGGAACGACAGGCCAGUUCCUCGGCGUCCUGUCCGCCUUUGUCAACGCAUCCUUCUCCUUCAUCGGCGUUGAAACGGUGGUCAUUUGCGCAGCUGAGUCGAUCAACCCCCACAAGGCGAUCCCGAAGUCUACGAGCCGCGUCACAUAUCGUAUUGGACUUUUCUAUAUUCUCGGUGCUCUGCUCAUCGGUAUCAUCGUGGACCCUCGCAACCCAGACCUCAUCUCGGACGCUGGCAACGGCAACGCAUCCCCCUGGGUCAUCGCCAUCAGGCAAGCUGGUAUCUCCAUUCUGCCGUCAAUUGUCAACGCAUGUAUCCUCGUAUCGGCAUGGUCUGCCGGCCUCUCGUACUGCUGGGUCGGCUCACGCAUGAUCGUCGCCAUGACCACUGACGGCCAGCUGCCCAGCUUCUUCGGCCGCACAUGGUCUAACGGUGUGCCCUACGUCGCCGUCAUCACGGCCUGGCUCUUCGGACCUCUCGCAUACCUCAGCCUGGGCUCCGGCGGCGCGGGUCAGGCGUUCACGUGGCUGCUCAACCUCAGCACCGUGUCGGGUCUCAUCGCGUGGGCGACGCUCUGCUUCUGCUAUAUUCGUUUCCACCGCGCCAUGAAGCCUUACACGGCGUGGUUCGGCUUCAUCGGUGCCACCAUCAUUACUUUUGUCGCCGGCUUCCCCGUGUUCCUCAAGGGCAACUGGUCGACUGCCGAUUUUAUCGCGUCCUACAUUAGCAUUCCCAUCUUUAUCGUGCCCAUUAUCGGCUGGAAGCUGUGGCAUAAGACCAAGUUCCAACGUGCCGCGACGAUUGAUUUGUGGUCGGGUCGUCUGCACGAGUCGCAGCAGCCGCCGCCCAAGCCGAUUGCAACGGACUUCAAGGGCAAGGUCCACAACUUCUUUUCAUGA